AUGGAAGCAACCAUCAAAGUGGUAUUGCUGGGAGAUUCGUCGGUGGGGAAGACCAGCAUAGUUACUAGGCUCAAAUCUGGCAAAUUUCUGGCAAAACAUGCAGCUACGAUAGGUGCAGCGUUCGUCACGAAGACGAUCGAAGUUCCUUGUGGAGACGCAGCUAUAGAGAAGCGUAUUCAUAUGGAAAUAUGGGACACAGCGGGCCAAGAGCGGUAUAAGUCGUUAGUGCCGAUGUAUUACAGGGACGCCAAUAUUGCCCUGCUCGUGUUUGAAUUGGGUGAUACGGCUAGUCUACGGUGUGCAAUGACAUGGUUCCAAGAUUUGCAAGACCGUGCGCAGGAAACCCAAGUCAUCCUCGUCGGCAAUAAGUACGAUUUGGUCGGCGAGGAGCGUUCGAAGGAAGUGGAUAUACCGGCGGAGUUGCAAGGUCUACCGUACGUCCCUGUCAGUGCGAAGACAGGGUACAAUUUCGGUGCGCUGAAUGACAUAGUAAUCAGAUUGGUUCCUGAAGAUCAAUUCAAGACGCUAUCAAAGGACAAUGAGCAGAACAAUAGAUUAGAAAUAAACAAGAAAGGCAGCCGUGGCAGUUGCAUAUGUUGA